CGCCAUAACUGUAUAUAUUGUCUCCACUGUACAAAUAAUUAAUAAAUGCAAACGCUUUUAGUCAGAGGGAUCGGUUUUGAGAUAAGAUGUCUGAGAGCCAGGAAUUUUGUCUGCGCUGGAAUGACUUCCACAGCAGCUUCCACAUGUCGCUGGAGGCGCUGCGUGGUGACGACUCAUUCACAGAUGUCACUCUCUCGUGCGGCGGGCACCUGUUCAAGGCACAUAGGGUCAUACUCUCAGCUUGUUCAGCACACUUCAAGGACAUACUCAAGGAGGUGCCGCCGCAGCAGCACCCGGUGAUCGUCCUGCCCACCGUGGAGCGGGACGUGAUGCGUGCCGUCCUCGAGUUCAUCUACCGUGGCCAGGUGAACGUGCGCCAGGCGCGACUGGGCGCCUUCCUGCAGGUGGCUGAGACGUUCGCCAUCCAAGGGCUGGCCGACGAACAGACCAAACGCAACUCGGUGAAGACCCCGGAGAGGUCCCGUUCGUCGGACGCCCCGUCUCACCAGCCCUCCUCCAAGCGGCGUCGCGCCGAGCCGCAGCCAGACCCUGGGCCGAUGGGCGGCUCCGGUCCUCCUCCUCCCCCGCCGCCGCCGCAGCAGCAGCGCAGCGCCGACAGGACGAUGGGCCUGGACCUACCUGUGAAGCCGGAGCCGGAGUCGAUGCUGGACGAGCUGGAGGAGAUGCUGGAGCCGCAGCCGGACCAGGCCGGACUGGAGGCGCUCUCGGAGGCGCAUGGCCUAAUGGCGGUCACACAAGAGGACAGCGGAGGAUCACAAGCCAACGCAGUGCCGGCGCCGCCGCGGCCGGCCCGGCCCGGCGCCCGGCCGCCCGUCUGGAUGUACUACGUGCGUCUCUCGGACACCACCGCCUCGUGUCGGUUCUGCGGACGCGUCAUCCGCGGCGCGCCCACCUCCAGCGGCAACUUCUGGGUGCACCUGAAGCGGCUGCACGCGGCCGACAUUGCCGCGCUCGGCGGGCAGCACGCGGUGCUGGCGGGCUCCUGGCGAGAGGCGGCCGGCCGACGGCGCCCCGCGCCCGCUGACGAGCACAGGCUGGCCGCGCAGCGACGGAGCGCGGACGGUGACGGUGCCAUGUGGAUGGGGCAGUCGGAGCAGCCCGGCGCGGCGGAGACACCCUGGAUGUCGCCACCGGAGCUGCCGCCGCCGGCUCUGCUCCCCCCGCCUGUGUCUCAGGAGGUUUCGCCACCGCUGACUCAAGAGGCCGUGCCGGCCUCCUCUCAGGCCCUGACGUGAUCCUAGGGAACACUAACAGUGUCUGAGAUCCGCUCCUUCCCUGCCCGAUUUCUGGCAGUAGCGAGAACUCUCUCUCUGGCAGGGAAACUGUAGAGCGAUACAACCGCUAUUGGAUGCACUGCCGAUGUGGAUGACGGUGCGGCAGCUUCAGUCAGUCACUCUGUGUGUGUUUGGCUGCUCCUCCUACUCUCGUGCCCCUGUCACUGCAUGGAAGGUGCUUUGUUCGCACCCUGGCCGAGGCCUGAUGGCUUCUUGCCCACCGAACCCACCGUGUAGAUAGCUGGUUGCUUCGGGCUUGUGUUGUCGCUGAACUUCUGGUACUGAGCCGCCCACUCGUUAGAUCUCUUCCCUGCCAUUGUCAGGACGUCAGACAGUUGUUUUUUCCGAGGUCGUGUAUCAUUCUGCUGUAGGAUGCUAGUCAUCCAUAGCUCAGGGAAACUCCGCUCCCUCUUCUGCCAAGGGAGUUGUCGCGCCUGUACUGUUUAGAGAGCUUCGCCAAGGCUGGUGCCAGCUUCAUAUAUUUUCCAUCAUCGAAUUGUACGACUUUUGUGGCUGUGCGUCCACAUGCCAUUAUUUUCAUCCUUUGGAUUGUAUUUAACUAUGCAUUGAUGACUGGUACUGUAUUGAGGCCGACGUGCGGGACAAGGUAUGUAAAUAGAAAGAGCGUGGACCUUGUUUGGUGUCUGGUAGCUGUAGUUGAGGUCACGCUCGCGAGUGAACACUUUUUAACUCAGUUGUUGGCUAGCAGUUAAAUGCGUGAGAUAUAACUUAUGCUCGAAUUUGAACAGAGGUGAUCAAUUCAUAGUCACAAUAACUUUUCUCAGAAUGAUCAGUUUCAACGUCUCAAGUCACUAUUUCGUACCCUUUGACCUUUACAAUGUGUAAUAGAUCCGUAGAUUUUGGUUCAAAGGUUUGCUCCCUCUCGCUCCGCCAGAUGUCACUGCUGUAGGGUUUCCGUGGCACCCACCAGAUGUCUCUGGCCUCGCUCUGUUGCAGUGGGUUUUCCGCCGCCGGUGCGUCAGCGCUCCCAGGUGUGGUCCUACUUCAACCCCCGAGCCGAGGGCCGACUCCAGUGCCAGAUGUGCGCUGCCAUCGUCGCCUACUCCAACAACUCAACGAGCAAUCUGUGGGGACACCUGGGGCGCUACCACCAAGAGCUCUUCGCCACUCUCAAGUCCGAACGCUCCCGACAGGAGCGUCAGGAGACCGCUCCUGUCGGGAGCGUGCUCCUGACGCUCCUGUCGGGAGAACGACAGAACGCCCCUGUCUGAGAUCGGCGGCCUCUAAUCCUACCGAUGCCUAGGGCGAGGUGCACCCGGUGUACUCUGCCGCGGCCGCGGGCGAGGCGCGCCUGGUGUACCCGGUCGGAGUCGUCCGGUCCACUGCUGCCUCCAUGAGGCUAUACCAUUGGUGAUGGAUAGCAUCGGGAAUGGAGGAAAUCUCCCUAAUGUGAGCUGCUUGAGAGAAUGAUUUCCAAAUCUCAGGAGAGAUGGCGGCUCGUUGCGGUUCAUUCACUGCGCCAGUUUAGUUGAUGAUGUGACGGCGGGGGCCAAGACUCAUGAGUGCAUGCGAUUGGAAAGUGGACUUCCCCCGGAGCUGAGUAUUCUCUAUUUUCGCCGGCUCUCAUGCCGACCUCUGGUUUGAAAGCAUUUGCACGAAUGGUGAAUUCGUUGGCUAAUUAUAUUUUGUUGAUAUGAUAGCAUAUAUUGUCUUAUUUUUAUUGUUUUUUAGGCAUACAUAAUCGAAUCUUCUCAUGUUUUAUUAGGUCAUGGCAUCCUGAUGAGUGAUGCAAGAUUUACGAAUGUGCAUUUAGAAUAAGGCCGAACUGACUGUUGAUAUUUUUCUUCGAUGUAUCAUGCAUAAUACAGCAUGUGCCUCUUA